UCAUCUGCAGAGCAACGUUGAGGGUUGAGCCUUGCGCGUGGUGGUGGUGGAGGAGCCUUCCUGGUCCCGUGAGCGUUAAGUGAUCAUUGCCAAUUAGGGUUCUCGGUUAUAACCGCCCGGUGGGGGUUGUGUGUGGGUCUCCAUUUGACGAAGGCGGUCUAAAUCCGUUGGGGCGCGGGUCGAGCCGGGCGAAGACGAGGCCACGUCUACGGUCCAGCCCAGGAGCAGUGUCGCCAUAACGCAACUGAGAGCGAUGGCGCCUGGGAGGAUGGCGCUGGUGGUGGUGGUGGCGGUGUGCUGCGUGGCGCUGUGCCGCGCAGCCGAGGACGACAAGGAGAAGGAGAACAUGGGCACGGUGAUCGGCAUCGACCUGGGCACCACCUACUCGUGCGUGGGCGUGUUCAAGAACGGCCGCGUGGAGAUAAUCGCCAACGACCAGGGGAACCGCAUCACGCCGUCAUACGUCGCCUUCACGGCCGAGGGGGAGCGCCUCAUCGGCGAUGCCGCCAAGAACCAGCUGACCUCCAACCCCGAGAACACCGUGUUCGACGCCAAGCGGCUCAUCGGGCGCUCGUGGACGGACCCCACCGUGCAGCACGACAUCAAGUUCUGGCCCUUCACGGUUCUGGAGAAGAAGGGGAAGCCCCACAUCCAGGUUGAGGUGAUAGCCGGCGAGUCCAAGACCUUCGCCCCGGAGGAGAUCUCGGCCAUGGUGCUCACCAAGAUGAAGGAGACGGCCGAGGCCUACCUGGGCAAGAAGGUGACGCACGCGGUGGUGACCGUGCCCGCCUACUUCAACGACGCCCAGCGACAGGCCACCAAGGACGCCGGCACCAUCGCCGGCCUCAACGUGCUGCGCAUCAUCAACGAGCCGACUGCAGCGGCCAUCGCCUACGGGCUGGACAAGAAGGAGGGCGAGAAGAACAUCCUGGUGUUCGACCUGGGUGGGGGCACCUUCGACGUGUCGCUGCUCACCAUCGACCACGGCGUGUUCGAGGUGGUGGCCACCAACGGAGACACCCACCUUGGUGGCGAGGACUUUGACCAACGCGUGAUGGAGCACUUCAUCAAGCUGUACAAGAAGAAGACUGGCAAGGAUGUGCGCAAGGACCACCGCGCAGUGCAGAAGCUCCGCCGCGAGGUGGAGAAGGCAAAGCGCACGCUCUCCACGCAGCACCAGGCGCGCAUCGACAUCGAGUCCUUCUACGACGGCGACGACUUCUCCGAGACGCUCACGCGCGCAAAGUUUGAGGAGCUCAACAUGGACCUGUUCCGCUCGACGAUGAAGCCGGUGCAGAAGGUGAUGGAGGACUCGGACCUGAAGAAGACGGACAUCGACGAGAUCGUGCUGGUGGGCGGCUCGACGCGCAUCCCCAAGAUCCAGCAGCUGGUGAAGGAGCUGUUCAACGGCAAGGAGCCGUCGCGCGGCAUCAACCCCGACGAGGCGGUGGCCUACGGCGCCGCCGUGCAGGCUGGCGUGCUGUCCGGGGAGGACAACACCGGCGACCUGGUGCUGCUGGACGUGUGCCCCCUGACCCUGGGCAUCGAGACGGUGGGUGGCGUCAUGACCAAGCUGAUCCCUCGCAACACCGUGGUGCCCACCAAGAAGUCGCAGAUCUUCUCGACGGCCGCCGACAACCAGCCCACCGUCACCAUCCAGGUGUUUGAGGGCGAGCGCCCCAUGACCAAGGACAACCACCUGCUGGGCAAGUUCGACCUGACGGGCAUCCCGCCGGCCCCGCGCGGGGUCCCCCAGAUCGAGGUGACCUUCGAGAUCGACGUCAACGGUAUCCUUCGCGUGUCCGCAGAGGACAAGGGCACGGGCAACAAGAACAAGAUCACCAUCACCAACGACCAGAACCGCCUGACGCCCGAGGAGAUUGAGAGGAUGGUGUCCGACGCGGAGCGCUUCGCUGACGACGACAAGCGGGUGAAGGAGCGCGUGGAGGCUCGCAACGAGCUGGAGAGCUACGCCUACUCGCUCAAGAACCAGAUCGGUGACAAGGAGAAGCUGGGUGGCAAGCUGUCGGACGAGGACCGCGAGACCGUCGAGAAGGCCGUGGAGGACAAGAUCGCCUGGCUCGAGGGCCAUCAGGAGGCCGACACGGACGACUUCAAGGCGCAGAAGAAGGAGCUGGAGGAGGUGGUGCAGCCCAUCGUGAGCAAGCUGUACGGCGGAGCGGGGGCCGGCCCCGGUGGGGAGGACGAGGGAGGGGAGGAAGGGGCUGACAAGGACGAGCUGUGAGGCGGCGAUGGUGGGAGGCGGAGUCGGAACGACACCCACGGCAAUCGCCGCCACCCCUCUGUCGGCCAACCACGACCUCUCUGGACUCUGUAAAGUUUCCGCUGUGUUUGUUGCCUUUGUCGUUCAAUGAUUGAGCUGGAGAGAGACAGUGCCCCCCCCCCACACCCCUGCAUUGGUUUGGGUUCAUCGGAUAUUUAAACCCUGCCUGGUGGUGGGCCCCUAGCACUUGGUGGCGGGGUGGACCCCAGAUCUGCAUGUGGUGUGGGUCAUGCCACCCAGGAGAUGCCGGUGGUACCAAUGCUGGCUUUGCCUCCUUCUCCCCCCCCCCACUUUCCCUUCCCUUGUUCAGCCGGGGAUUUGUCAAACUUGAGAGUUUGCCAGCCCAGCAGCAGCACCGCCGUAUGGUCACCAAGCGGCUCGGCCUCUCCCAGUGCUCCAGGUGCCCAGGAUAGAGGGGUGGGGGGUUGCGUUAUUGAGGAUUAUCUCGGUUUAAGUUAUUGCAGAGCAGCAGCGACGGCGACCGUUCAGACCCAAUGCAGUGGGGGACUCGACUCGACGGCAAAACGGAGAAUAAACGGAAACGCGAGAUGAG